UGUCUAAUAUAGUGCUUCUUUGCAAGUUUUACCAAAAGAAGAAAAUAUAUGAGGUUUUUGCUUCUUACAAGUCUUUCCUUAAUCAUUUCCCUAUUUAUAUCUAUUUUUUUUUUAGUUGUUUCAACUCAAACAACCAAAAAUUGAUAAAAAUAGAAAGAAAAAAAAAUAUGCCAUUUUCUUUAUGGUCAUUUUUAGGGUUUUUGAUCCUUUGAACCAAUUUUUUUUUUCUUUUAAUAUAUCAUCUAGAUCUGAAAACUCAAAAGCCAAUAUUUUCUUGAAUUUUCACUUAUAGAAUCUUGAUUUUUCUUUUUUUCUUUAAUUUGUAAAAAAAAAAAUGGUGAGAGGAAAAACUGAGUUGAAAAGAAUUGAAAAUGCAACAAGUAGACAAGUGACCUUCUCAAAAAGAAGAAGUGGGCUUCUAAAAAAAGCAUUUGAGCUUUCAGUUUUAUGUGAUGCUGAAGUUGCUCUUAUUGUUUUCUCUCCAAAAGGAAAGCUUUAUGAGUUCUCAAGUUCCAGUACAAACAAGACAAUAGAACGCUAUCAGAAGAAUGAGAAGAGCCUGGGACGACUCAACAGAAAAUUAACUGAUCAACUAACCACUGAGCAUUUGAAAGAGGAAGUUGCAACCAUGACUAGAAAGCUUGAAUUUCUUGAAGACUCUAAGAGAAAACUUUUAGGACAUGGUCUAGAAUCUUCCACCUUUGAUGAACUUCAACAGGUAGAAGAACAGUUGGAAAAAAGUUUAAGCAACAUUAAGGCAAGAAAGAAUCUGUUUUUCAAGGAACAGAUUGCUCAACUGAAGGAAGAGGAAAAAAUUCUAUUGAAGGAAAAUGUAGACUUGAAAAAAAAGUGUGAGGUGCUACCAUUGACUUUAAAACCAGUUCCUCAAGUAGAGAAAGAUGUUGAAAGACAAAUAAUGGAAGUUGAGACAGAGCUCUUUAUAGGACUUCCAGAGACUAGAAAAAGUUCAUAUUGUCCUAAUUUAAACACACUACCUACAUCACUUUAAUUGUCAAAAUUGUUGGGGUUUCAAGUUUUAUAUUAACACUGUAAUUAUAAUUUAUAGAGUUGUAAUAAAAAAACUACAUUACUUUAAUAUAGGUUUUUUUUUAAUUUCUUGAAUCAUUAGCUAGAGGAGAAGGUCUAUCAGAAAUAGCAUAUUUACCUCACAGAAGGUGAGAGUAAGAUCUUGUAUACAAUAAUUUAUCCUUUUAACGCUUUAAUUAUAAAAAUUACGUCGAAUA